CAUUGUUGAGAUGGGACGUGGUGUUUUCGUCGUGAAAUUCACGAUACAACGCGAGGUCUUCAAUCUCGGUUGUGUGUCUGUCUGGCACGGGCUCUCGCUUCGGCGUUAGCUUACUCGCAAGCGUUAGCUUUUCGGCUAAGUCCGCUGCCUGUGUCGGUAGUGUUUUUCUGCAGCAAACUCAAACAGACGGCGCAGUUAGCGAGCUUGCAAGCGAGUUAUUGCAACGUUUGUCAGCCGUUUUUAAUUGGUGGCGGUAUGGUCACCUUUACGUUCGAUGUAAAGCGCGGGCUAGCGUGCACAAUACUUUGAUAUGUCAUUGUUUUUUUGUGCUGAGUGAGCGGGUGACCGUGCAUACAACACCGGACUAAGUUCGCCAGUAGCACACAGCAGGAACGUCGUUAGCAUGCUAGCUGUUUAGCUGCGGGCUAGUGUGGUUGGGUGAACGUUGUCAGAAUAUACGAGAGAGUCAGGACAGUUGUUUGAGCGGGCAGUUAACGUUAACCUCGCUGUGCUAUUAACCAUGCCUCCGUAGUACUUGCUGCGAUAGCAGGGAGAAGUGGAUGAUGCGUAAAGGUUUCCUAGCAUUACCGUCUUGCAGCAAUGGCCUGAGGGACUCUCUGGACUGAAACCAAGACGCUGAUAUGCAUUGAGGAUGAGCGGAGUUGGUGAAAACUCAUCUGACCCUGCCAGGGCAGAGUCACGAAAACGCAAAGAAUGUUCUGCCGAACUUCUAGGACCCAGUCCAAAGCGGAGCAACGAGAAACGCAACCGCGAGCAUGAGAACAAAUAUAUCGAAGAACUUGCUGAGCUGAUCUUCGCCAACUUCAAUGACAUCGACAACUUCAAUGUCAAGCCUGACAAAUGUGCAAUCCUGAAGGAAACUGUGAAACAGAUCAGACAAAUAAAGGAGCAAGAAAAAGCUGCAGCAGCAAAUGAGGAGGAGGUACAGAAGGCUGAUGUCUCAUCAACAGGCCAAAGUGUGAUUGACAAAGAUGCCUUGGGACCAAUGAUGCUGGAGGCCCUGGACGGCUUCUUCUUUGUGGUGAACAUGGAGGGCAACAUCGUCUUCGUGUCUGAGAAUGUGACCCAGUAUCUGCGCUACAACCAGGAGGAGCUGAUGAACACCAGCGUCUACAGCGUGCUGCAUGUUGGGGAUCACGCUGAGUUCAUCAAGAACCUGCUGCCCAAGUCCCUUGUGAACGGCGUCCCAUGGUCCAGCGAGGGUCCGAGGAGGAACAGUCACACAUUCAACUGCCGAAUGCUGGUCAACCCCCACAGUGAGAGCCAAGACGAGUCUCACGACCAUGAGCCUCAGCAGCAGAAAUAUGAAACCAUGCAGUGUUUCGCCGUCUCCGAACCCAAGUCCAUCAAGGAGGAAGGAGAUGACUUUCAGUCGUGCCUGAUCUGUGUGGCUCGCAGGGUGCCCAUGAAGGAAAGACCCAUGCUUCCCACGCAUGAGAGCUUCACCACACGGCAGGACCUGCAAGGCAAGAUAACGUCCCUGGAUACCAGUCUCCUGCGGGCGUCCAUGAAGCCAGGCUGGGAGGAUCUGGUGAGGCGCUGCAUCCAGAGAUUCCACCUACAGAACGAUGGAGAGAUGUCUUUUGCCAAGAGACAUCAGCAGGAAGUGCUCCGCCAUGGCCAGGCAUUCAGCCCCAUCUACCGUUUCUCCCUCUCUGAUGGAACCAUCGUGUCAGCCCACACCAAGAGUAAAUUGGUGCGCUCGCCCGCCACCAACGAACCCCAGCUCUACAUGUCCCUGCACAUUCUUCAGAGGGAGCAGACAGUAUGUGGAAUGGGCCAGGACAUGGGUCCUGGCAGUCAGGCCACGGGGAUGACUCCCAAACCAGUGAACUCCUCCACUCCCUCCAUGACCCCUCCAACCCCAGGCAGUUUGCCAGGAUUGGGGCCUCAGGGCCAAGACACUACUAUCAGCAGCAACAGCACGCCUUUUUCCCCUCCAGGCCCUGCUGGCCCCAGAGAGCCAGCAGCAAUGGGGGGACAUAUGCAGGGCUACCGUUUUGGAUGUCCCCCACCACACAACCACACUGGAGGUAUGCAGCCACCACAGCAGGGCCCUAACUGGAGGAUGAACAGCCCUUCUCGUGCUAGUCCCAGUCCAGCAGGUGGCCCCCAUCCACCUCAGCAGAACUCCAUGCUGUCGCCCAGACACCGAGGUAGUCCUGUGGGAGCGGGCAGCCCUCGUGUAGCAGGUGGCCUGCACUCUCCCUCCCCUGUGGGGAUGUGUGGUGGAGGGCCUGGAGGUGCAGGUACUAGUAGCACGACUGGCACCCAUGCAAACAGCUACACUAGCAGCUCUUUGUCAGCUCUUCAGGCCCUUAGUGAGUGCCACGGUGUUGGACAUGGGCAUGGGCCCCCUCAUGCACACACACUGGGGUCUCCAGACCGGAAGAUAGGCUCCCCAGCUGGCAUCACACAAGGUUCAGGAGUAAACACUCAUUUGAUGUCAAAAAUUGGAGUAGGAGGGGGCAGUGGCACUAGUGGUGGCACGGGAGACUCAUUUGGACCUCACACAGAGAUGGGUCAGGGGCACCCCCAGGGCCAGGCAGAAGGCAACCUAGCAGAGCCCAAGGAGGAGAGGGAAGGGCCCUCAGAGGGCCACGACACUCACAGUCGUCUUCAUGACAACAAGGGCCACACCAAGCUACUGCAACUGCUCACCACCAAGUCAGAGCCUCUGGAGACACCCCUGUCCCCUGGCACAGGAGGUGAGGGCAAGGACCAGGCUGGAACCGGGGUCAGGGGUGGUCACACUGGGAAUACCCAUGCCACAUCCCUUAAAGAAAAACACAAAAUCCUCCACCAGCUUCUUCAGAACAGUUCAUCUCCUGUAGAUCUGGCCAAACUUACUGCAGAAGCCACAGGCAAAGAGCUGGGCCAAGACCAAGCCCAGGGUGCAGGUAGUACAGCUUCUGGUGCAGAAACUGCUCCCAAGCAGGAGCCCUUGAGCCCUAAGAAGAAAGACAAUGCCCUGCUACGUUAUCUCCUGGAUAAAGAUGACACUGUAAUGAAGGACAAGGUCCCUAAGCUGGAGCCAGGAGAGGUGAAGCUCGAAGGGGGCAAACACACGCUUAUCAAGGCGGAGAAACAAGACACAGGAUACGACCGAGCUGAACAGUCGUCAGAGCUGGAUGACAUCUUGAACGACCUGCAGAAUGCUCAGCCACAGCUCUUCUGUGAGCCACGGCCGAUCUCAUUGCCCAGUCCCAUGGACAAACAGAAUAUCAUCAAUGACAUCCUGCAGAUGUCUGAGACCAGUCCAGCCAUGGCGGCGCAGCAGCAGCAGCAGCAGCAGCAGCACCAGCACCGGGGCAUUGGGACUGGCAUGGGCCCAACGAACUUCGGGGGUGUUCGUCCAGGCCAGCCAGGCAGGGCUCUGCCUGUGAGGAGUGUGUCUCUGGACAUGAAUGUGUCUCCUCAGCAGACAUCAUUACAGUACCCCAUAAGGGCCACUAGCCCCUACACUCUCAUACAACAGCAGCAGCAGCAGCAAGGCAUGGUGGGAAGUCACGGCAUGAUGCCUAAUCAGGCCGGUAUAGUCAACACAGGACUGAUGGCUCCAAGUGGUCCACGGCCAGGCCUGCAGCAGCAGGAGGGCUGGGUGGGUUCAGCCUCUGCCCCUCCUCUGGGGGCAUCUGGCCCAGUGCAACAAGGUGCCAUGCAGGGCAGGAUGGGGGCAAAUGCUGCUCCCAUGAGGCCAAACAGCCAGCCAGGGCCCAGACAGAUGCUUCAGUCCCCAAUGAUGGCCAAUGCCCAACCUGAUAUGGAUAUCGGUGUGGCCAGCCACCCUUUCUCCCAGCAACAGGCUCCACCCAACCAGACAGCCCCCUGGCCAGACAGCAUGAUGCCCAUUGACCAGACAGCUUUUGUAAACCAGACCAGGCCAGUGCACUCAGCACCCCAGGAUGAUUUACUGUGUAACACGGGGCUCGGGUCCGGUGAUGUCGGUGCAGUAGACGAGGGGGCACUGAUGUCUCAGCUGUACACCGCGCUAAAAGAUUUUGAUGGCCUGGAGGAGAUUGAUCGUGCUCUGGGGAUCCCUGCUCUGGUUGAACAGAGUCAAUCAUUGGAGCCAGACCAGUUCCCCCAAGACCCCUCCAUGAUGAUAGACCAAAAGCCCCCUAUGUACACCCAACAAUUUGGUCCCCCACCAUCCCACAUGACCCAAAGGGGCUAUCCCGGUGCUGCCAUGCAAGAGCAAGGCUUCCACCCCAUGUCUGGUCAGAUGGGUCCACGGCCAGGUUACCCCAUGAUGAGGAUGCAGGCCCGCCCGGGACUUAGGCCGACCGGGGUCGUCCCCAACCAGCCCAACACACUACGACUGCAGCUCCAGCACCGGCUACAGUCCCAGCAGAACCGUCAACCAAUGAUGACUCAGAUGAGUGGUGUGUCAAAUGUGAACCUACCUCUUAGGGCCAGUGCUCCAAACCAGGGGACCAUCAAUGCUCAGAUGCUGGCACAGCGUCAGCGGGAGCUGCUCAGUAAUCACUUGAGACAGAGGCAGCAGCAGCAGCAGCAGCAGCAGGCCCAGCAGGUCCAGCAGCAGCAGCGGAGCAUGGCCAUGAGGGCUCAGGGCCUCAACCUACCUCCCAACAUGGCCACUGGAGGCAUGAGUAACCCCCGGAUCCCACAGGCCAACCCCCAGCAGUUCCCCUACCCGCCCAGCUACGGUACCAGUACAGGCCUGGCCUCGCCACCUCCCCCCACCAGCCCCUUCUCCUCCCCUCUCUCCCCCAGCCUGCCCUCUCUCCCCCCCAACCCCCAGCUCCACCUGCAUGGCACCUCCUCCUCUUCCUCCACCUCCUCCUCCUCCUCCUCACAGAUGAUGAUGGGAAACACAAACAUGAUGGGCGGACAGUAUGGGGCCGUACUCAGCCCCCAAAUGCAGCACAGUGCCUUUCAGUUUCCCAACUCAGGUAUGAGCCAACAGGCGGAUGGAGGCUUCGGAGGUCCCGGAACACCACAGAGCCCCCUGCUUUCUCCCCGCAUGGCCCACACACAGUCCCCAAUGAUGCAGCAGGGCCAAGGAAAUGCUCCUUUCCAGGGGUCCCCUGACAUGAAUGGCUGGCCACAGGGCAACAUGGGAGGCAACAGUAUAUUCUCACAGCAACAGGCGUCACCACAGUUCACCCAGCAGAACAACGGCAACAUGUACAACGGCAGUGGCAUGAACCUCAACAAUGUCUCCAUGGCCACCAACAUGGCAACCAGCAGCAUGGGCCAGAUGGCGGGACAGAUGAGUGUCACGUCCAUGGCCUCGGGGUCCUCACCCAGUUUGCCCUCCAUGGGGCAGGAACAGAAAUACUGUUGACCCUCAUGGAGUUCUUAACCCGAACCUCAGUGAGCAGCUGGUGCAAGGAGCACGUCGCCCUUUAAAAAUUGUACAAACGCGUAACCAACCGACUGCCCCUUGAACCAGCCAGGCCGAGCCCUGACCCGGUCCCCCCAGCCCAGGUUUUGCCGUCUGUCCCAGCUGGGCCUGCUCUGCAGCCCGGAGGAGCCCGGCCCUGAACAGACACAGGAGCGUGAAGCGGGCUGGGGAAGGAUCGUGGAUCUCUGUUCGACAUGCCUAACCCUCCUGGAGGAGAGCCUUGUGAUGAGCCAGUCUGUCUGCCUGUCCAGCUGCAUUCACCGUAGAGUGACUUACUGUAGGCCUCCUGGUGGGGGACUCUGACCUAAGGGGGCAGCAGUGGGUGGGAUCCCUUGUUCUGAUGAAUGUAUUCCUCUCACUGGACAGCGGCCAUUUACAAUCUCAUCUCAAAAACGAAAGACGUACACUGAUUUUUCUUUGAUGUCCGACCCUUCUCACACAUUUUGACAUUUCCACAUAGUUCCAAAAAUGGCAGCAAAUAUACUCCAAGUUAUGUUCAAACUCUUAUGGAUGGAGCUCAAACACUUAGCCGGUUUUGCCUUUUUGCUGUUCUUUAUUUUAUUAUAAUUUUAGUUGGUUUUUUUGUUUUGUUUUGAUUUUUUUUUUUUUUUCUUGUUGUGAGAAUUAAGAUGUAGAAUGAAGACAUGGUUGAAAAGUUGAUCUUGAAAAACACUGCAGAAGAAUGGUUCGAGUGGAAUGGUGAUUUGUAUGAUUAGACUAAUUUAGUCAAGAGGUUUAUAUAGUGUAUUAAAUUAAGUUUUAUUUUUCUGUAUAGAUUCAUUUUAAUUAUUGUAGAUGAUUCUUUAUCCUGGUAGCAGCAAGAAAAAAUAUUUCUGAAAGUGUGAAAGAGGCACUUUUUUUUUAUAUAUAAUUUUAACAGUAAUUGUUGUACUCUUUCUGAGAAGAUUCUUCUAUUAACCUGAAUAAUGGAUUAUGCUUUGGUCCUUUAGUUUCAGAAGAUGUCAAAAUCAUAUAUGGUUUAAAAAUGAAUUACAGAGAUUGUACAUAACGAUAAGUAAAGCGUUUUCUUUCCUAUUUAUUUUAUUCCUUAGGGUUUGUUUCCCCGUCUGGUCACAGCUGCCUCUUGAAGCAGAGCAGUGUUUUGUUUUGUUUUUUCUCCUGUUUUUGUUUUUGUUUUGUUUUGUUUUGUUUUUUGGGUUCUUUUCGGGAAGCGGACUGGGAGCCUUCGUGUUCUGAUGUUCUGGUACGAUGCAGACACGGGUGGGGGAGGGUGGGAGGUGGGGAAGGGUUGUAAGGGGGGUGUGGUGUGUAUACAGUGUACAGAUUAUCGCUUGCUUUUCUGCCUUUAGCAUAGAACACCACAAAAAGUAAAAAAAAAAUAAAAUAAAAAUAAUAACAUACACACAACUUCAACACAGCCAUACAAUAACUCAAAAAAAAAAUAAGAGAAGUGUGCUUUCUAUGUUGUCUGGAGUGAAAAAUGCUUCAUACAAGCUGCUAGGUGCAAACUGUUCUGGUGUGAUGUAAACAAGCAAUAACGAUUACUUGAGAAACUCUUGGGUUUUUUUUUUUUCUCUUGGUUUUGUUUUUGUUUGUUUUGUUUUUGUAAUUUUUGUACAGUUUCCUGAAUAAAAAGGACAGAUUUUUUGCUCCACGUUUGGAUGCAGUAUUAAACACAGUUUUUUAUUGCAGUUUGUACCAAGAAAGUCUACAGCCACACACAGCGUUCCUGUUAGAUUAUGCAGCAUUGGCUGAGGCCUGGAGAGGGAAGUAGUUUGUGGUCCCCUUGUUGACACACGCCCUCUCCGCCUCCCAGCCACCCUUCUAUAGCAGAGGUCAGAGUUAAGAGUGCACGGUACAUCAGAUCUGCUCUGACAGACACUUAGCCAUAUUUUAUGACCUCAGGCAAUCAGUUAGACUAUAAAGUGUUCAGUAAUGACAUGCUAAUCUUAUGCACCAGGUUUGACCUUCACAAGAUCUAAAGCAAGUCAUCUUCUCUAACCUCAAAAGUACAUUUUCCUCAAAGAAAAAAAAAAAAAAGAAAAGGAAAAAAAAAACAAAACUUUUUAUACCAACUAUUUUCACCCAGGACAGACUUUGAGCAAGC